GAGGCUUGGUGAGAACUCUGAGCUGCUGGUUGUUUUCGCUCCGAGCUGCCUGCGGUCCGGCGGGUCGUCCUUCACUCCGAGCGGGACUUCAGAGCGCCUUCGUCGGCCUCCAGGUUUUCUGUUGACGUCUCAGCUAGCCAGACAGAGCCGGUCAUUGAGCGCAGGAGGGUCCACUGAUUACCGCCGCAGCUACCAAGUGGAAGGACUACGAGGCGGCACUGGGGCCGGAGUCACGGCGAGGUCGACAUGACGUCGGUGGCGGCGGAGUUCGAACACAUGGAGAUCCAGCAGCAGUACAACAACGAAGGCGUCAACAACCGCUGGGAUGUUGACGAAUGGGACAACGAGAACAGCUCGGCUCGGCUGUUUGAGCGCUCACGCAUCAAAGCUCUCGCAGACGAGCGCGAGGCGGUCCAGAAGAAGACCUUCACCAAGUGGGUCAACUCCCAUCUGUCCAGAGUGUCCUGCAGAAUCACAGACCUCUACAUGGACCUGAGGGACGGACGCAUGCUCAUCAAGCUACUGGAGGUCCUGUCAGGAGAGAGACUGCCCAAACCCACAAAGGGCCGCAUGAGGAUCCACUGUCUGGAGAAUGUGGACAAGGCUCUGCAGUUCCUGAAGGAGCAGAGGGUUCACCUGGAGAACAUGGGCUCCCACGACAUUGUGGACGGGAACCACCGUCUGACUCUGGGACUCAUCUGGACAAUCAUCCUCCGCUUCCAGAUUCAGGACAUCAGUGUGGAGACGGAGGACAACAAGGAGAAGAAGUCUGCUAAAGAUGCUCUUCUACUCUGGUGUCAGAUGAAAACUGCAGGAUAUCCAAACGUCAACAUCCACAACUUCACCACCAGCUGGAGAGACGGGAUGGCCUUCAACGCUCUGAUCCACAAACACAGGCCCGACCUGAUUGAUUUUGACAAACUUAAGAAAUCCAACGCUCACUACAACCUGCAGAAUGCCUUCAACCUGGCUGAGCAGCACCUCGGCCUCACCAAGCUGCUGGACCCUGAAGACAUCAGCGUGGACCACCCUGAUGAGAAGUCCAUCAUCACCUACGUGGUCACCUACUAUCACUACUUCUCCAAGAUGAAGGCGCUGAAGGUGGAGGGGAAGAGGAUCGGCAAGGUUCUGGAUAACGCCAUUGAGACGGAGAAGAUGAUCGAGAAGUACGAGUCUCUGGCGUCUGACCUGCUGGAGUGGAUCGAGCAGACCAUCAUCAUCCUCAACAACAGGAAGUUCGCCAACUCUCUGGUCGGAGUCCAGCAGCAGCUGCAGGCCUUCAACACAUACCGCACUGUGGAGAAACCACCAAAGUUUACAGAAAAAGGAAACCUGGAGGUUCUUCUGUUCACCAUCCAGAGUAAAAUGAGAGCAAACAAUCAGAAAGUUUACACUCCUCGAGAGGGAAAACUCAUCUCUGACAUCAACAAGGCAUGGGAGCGUCUGGAGAAGGCGGAGCACGAGCGGGAGCUGGCGCUGAGGACGGAGCUGAUUCGUCAGGAGAAACUGGAGCAGCUCGCUCGGAGGUUUGAUCGUAAAGCCGCCAUGAGGGAGACGUGGCUGAGUGAGAACCAGAGGCUGGUCUCACAGGAUAACUUUGGAUUUGACCUGCAAGCUGUUGAAGCUGCCACAAAGAAACAUGAAGCCAUAGAAACGGACAUAUCCGCCUACGAGGAGCGCGUUCAGGCUGUGGUUUCCGUGGCGAAGGAGCUGGAGGCGGAGAGUUACCAUGACAUCAAGCGCAUAACGGCAAGGAAAGACAACGUGAUCCGGCUGUGGGAGUAUCUUCUGGAGCUGCUGAAGGCCCGCAGACUGAGACUGGAGCUGAACCUGGGGCUGCAGAGGGUCUUCCAGGAGAUGCUCUACAUUAUGGACUGGAUGGACGAGAUGAAGAUGCUGCUGCUCUCUCAGGAUUAUGGGAAACACCUGCUGGGUGUGGAGGACCUGCUGCAGAAACACGCCUUGGUGGAGGCUGACAUUGGCAUCCAGGUGGACCGGGUCCGAAACGUCAACAGCAACGCUCAGAGAUUCGCUACCGACACCGACGGUUAUAAACCCUGUGACCCUCAGAUCAUCAGGGACCGCGUGGCUCACCUGGAGUUCUGCUACCAGGAGCUGACCCAGCUGGCAGCCGAGCGGAGAGCUCGCCUCGAGGAGUCCCGCCGCCUCUGGAAGUUCUUCUGGGAGAUGGCUGAAGAGGAGGGAUGGAUCAGAGAGAAGGAGCAGAUCCUCUCCUCCGAGGAUUAUGGGAAGGAUCUAACGGGCGCUGUGCGGCUGCUGAGUCAGCACAAAGCCUUCGAGGACGAGAUGAGCGGGCGAGCCGCCCACUUGCAGCAGACCAUCAAACAGGGCGACGAGCUGGUGGCCGACAACCACUUUGGAGCCGAGAAAAUCAAAGAACGUAUCCAGGACAUCCAGGAGCAAUGGGCGGCUCUGGAGCGUCUCUCUGCAGUCCGUAAAUCUCUUCUUCAGGAAGCUUGCAACCAGCACCAGUUUCAGGCUGAUGCUGAUGACAUUGACACUUGGAUGCUGGACGUUCUGCGGAUCGUCUCCAGCGUCGAUGUCGGUCACGAUGAGUUCUCCACUCAGGCUCUGGUGAAGAAACACAAAGAUGUUGCCGAGGAGAUCGGCAGCUACCGACCCGUCAUCGAGGCUCUGCAUGAACAGGCCCGGACACUACCACCGGAGAAGGCCAACUCUGAGGAGGUUCAGAACCGGCUCGCAGGCGUUGAGGAGCGGUACAAGGAAGUGGCAGAGCUGACCCGGCUCAGGAAGCAGGCCCUGCAGGACGCCCUGGCGCUCUACAAGAUGCUGAGUGAAGCCAGAGCCUGCGAGGUAUGGAUCGACGAGAAGGAGCAGUGGCUCAACAGCAUGGAGAUCCCUGAGAAACUGGAGGACCUGGAGGUCAUCCAGCACCGGUUUGAGAGUCUGGAGCCUGAGAUGAACAGCCAGGCGUCCCGUGUUGCAGUGGUCAACCAGGUGGCUCGGCAGCUGAUCCACAGUGGACAUCCCAGUGAAAAGGAGAUCAAGGCCCAGCAAGACAAACUCAACACCAGGUGGAGUCAGUUCAGAGACCUGGUGGACCAGAAGAAGGAGAACCUGAACUCUGCUCUGGGUGUCCAGAACUACCACUUGGAGUGUAAUGAGACCAAAUCCUGGAUUAAAGAGAAGACCAAGGUGAUUGACUCGACCCAAGAGCUGGGGAACGACUUGGCUGGUGUCAUGGCUCUGCAGAGGAAGCUGACUGGGAUGGAGCGGGACCUGGUGGCCAUCGAAGACAAGCUGAACGACCUGGGCAAAGAGGCAGAGCGCUUAUCCUCCGAACACCCAGAGCAGUCUGAGGCCAUUAAAGGACGUCUGGAUGAGAUUACUGGCGUCUGGGGCGAGAUGAAGGACUCGUUGAAGAACCGCGAGGAGUCCCUGGGCGAGGCCAGCAAGCUGCAGCAGUUCCUUCGUGACCUGGAUGACUUCCAGUCAUGGCUGUCUCGAACUCAGACCGCCAUCGCCUCUGAAGACAUGCCAAAUACGUUGACCGAGGCCGAGAAGCUGCUGGCUCAGCAUGAGGGCAUCAAGAACGAGAUCCGUAACUAUGAGGAGGACUACCAGAAGAUGCGGGACAUGGGCGAGAUGGUGACGCAGGGUCAGACGGAUGCCCAGUACAUGUUCCUGCGACAGAGGUUACAGGCGCUCGACACCGGCUGGAACGAGCUGCACAAGAUGUGGGAGAACAGACAGAAUCUGCUGUCCCAGUCUCACGCCUACCAGCUGUUCCUGAGGGACACCAAGCAGGCCGAGGCCUUCCUCAACAACCAGGAGUACGUCCUGGCUCACACGGAGAUGCCUACCACCCUGGAAGCAGCGGAGGCCGCCAUUAAGAAGCAGGAGGACUUCAUGACCACCAUGGAUGCCAACGAGGAGAAGAUCAGCGGUGUGGUUGACACGGGGCGCCGCCUGGUCGCAGAUGGCAACGUCAAUGCCGAGCGCAUCCAGGAGAAGGUGGACUCCAUUGACCAGAGACGCCAGAGCAACCGACAGGCUGCCAACGACCUGCUGACGAAGCUAAAAGACAACAGAGACCUGCAGAAGUUCCUGCAGGACUGCCAGGAGCUGUCGCUGUGGAUCAACGAGAAGAUGCUGACCGCUCAGGACAUGUCGUACGAUGAGGCCAGGAACCUGCACAGCAAGUGGCUCAAACACCAGGCCUUCAUGGCCGAGCUGCAGUCCAACAAGGAGUGGCUCGACAAGAUCAACAAGGAUGGUCAGGCGCUGAUGUCGGAGAAACCUGACACGGAGGCCAUGGUAAAAGAGAAGCUGGCGUCCCUGAAGACGAUGUGGGACGACCUAGAGUCCACCACCCAGACCAAAGCCAAGUGUCUGUUCGACGCCAACAAGGCUGAGCUGUUCACACAGAGCUGCGCUGAUCUCGACAAAUGGCUGACGACCCUGGAUGGGCAGCUUCAGUCUGACGACUAUGGCAAAGAUCUCACCUCAGUCAACAUCCUGUUGAAGAAGCAGCAGAUGCUGGAGAGCCAGGUGGAGGUGCGUCAGAAGGAGGUGGGAGAGCUGCAGAAACAGUCACAAGCCCUGAGCCAGGAGGGGAAAGGCUCAGAUGAGGUGGACGGCCAGAGGAUCACCGUGGAGAAGAAGUUCCAGGGCCUCCAGGCGCCGCUGCAGAAGAGACGGGAGAACCUGAUGGCCUCUCGUGAGAUCCACCAGUUCAACAGGGACGUGGAGGACGAGAUUCUAUGGGUGGAGGAGAGGAUGCCUCUGGCCACGUCCACGGACCACGGACACAACUUGCAGACCGUCCAGCUGCUCAUCAAGAAGAACCAGACGCUGCAGAAAGAGAUCCAGGGCCACCAGCCUCGAUACGACGACAUCUUCGAGCGCAGCCAGCACAUUUUGAGGGAAGGCAGCCCCAUGGCAGAGCUGAUCCGCCAGCGACUCGCAGACCUCCAGUCUCUGUGGGAGCAGAUCAAGAAAGAGACAGAGAAUCGCCACUCACGUCUAAAUGAGGCCCACAAGGCCCAGCAGUAUUACUUUGAUGCUGCUGAGGCCGAGGCUUGGAUGAGCGAACAGGAGCUCUACAUGAUGUCAGAGGAGAAGGCCAAGGACGAACAGAGUUCAGUGGCCAUGCUGAAGAAGCAUCAGAUCCUGGAGCAGGCUGUGGAGGACUAUGCCGACACGGUCCACCAGCUGUCGAGCACGAGCCGGGGCCUGGUGGCAGCUGGACACCCCGACAGCGAGCGCAUCGGCAUGCGCCAGUCUCAGGUGGAUAAGCUGUACGCAGGCCUGAAGGAUUUGUCCGAGGAGCGUCGGGGGAAACUGGACGAGCGUUUCCGACUUUUCCAGCUCAAUCGGGAGGUGGACGACUUGGAGCAGUGGAUUGCAGAGAGAGAGGUGGUGGCUGGAUCUCAUGAGCUCGGCCAGGACUAUGAGCACGUCACUAUGCUGCAGGAACGUUUCAGGGAAUUUGCACGCGACACAGGAAACAUUGGCCAGGAGCGUGUGGACACCGUCAACCGGUUGGCAGAUGACCUCAUCAACUCUGGCCAUGGCGACGCCGCCACCAUCGCUGAGUGGAAGGACGGCCUGAACGAGGCCUGGGCCGACCUGCUGGAGCUUAUCGACACGCGAACUCAGAUCCUCGCUGCCUCCUACGAGCUCCACAAGUUCUAUCAUGAUGCCAAGGAGAUCCUUAAUCGCAUCCUGGACAAACACAAGAAGAUCCCAGAGGAGCUGGGCCGGGACCAGAAUACUGUGGAGACCCUGCAGAGGAUGCACACCACCUUCGAGCACGACAUUCAGGCUCUGGGAACGCAGGUCCGGCAGCUUCAAGAGGACGCCGUCCGCCUACAGUCUGCAUAUGCAGGAGACAAAGCUGAUGACAUUCAGAAGAGAGAAGGAGAGGUCUUGGAGGCCUGGAAGAAUCUGCUGGAGGCAGCUGAGGGUCGGCGGGUGAAGCUGGUCGACACCGGUGACAAGUUCCGCUUCUUCAGCAUGGUGCGUGACCUGAUGCUGUGGAUGGAGGACGUGAUCCGGCUGAUCGAGGCCCAAGAGAAGCCCAGAGACGUCUCAUCAGUGGAGCUGCUGAUGAACAACCACCAGGGCAUCAAGGCAGAGAUUGACGCUCGUAACGACAGCUUCACUGUCUGCAUCGAGCUGGGAAAAGCCCUGCUGGCCCGGAAACACUACGCUUCAGACGAGAUUAAAGAAAAGUUGUUACAGUUGACGGACAAGAGGAAAGAGAUGAUUGACAAGUGGGAGGACAGAUGGGAGUGUCUCCGACUGGUCCUGGAGGUACACCAGUUUUCCCGGGACGCGGGCGUGGCCGAGGCGUGGCUGCUGGGUCAGGAGCCGUACUUGUCCAGCAGGGAGAUCGGGCAGAGCGUGGAUGACGUGGAGAAGCUCAUCAAACGCCACGAGGCCUUCGAGAAGUCGGCCGCCACCUGGGAGGAGCGCUUUGCGGCGCUGGAGAGGCUGACCACGAUGGAGUUACUGGAGGUGAGAAGAAGGCAAGAGGAGGAGGAGAGGAAGAGGCAACCAGCAGAUGCUGCUGACGCUCAACAAAGAGAGGGCGAGCCAGCAUCCCAGAACGGGCUGCCAGCGGAGGCGGAGUCUCCCAGGGAGGCCGUUGAUGGGGCUGACGUGGUGAACGGGGUGUCAGAGCCCAGUCCAUCAGGGUCUCCGGGGGCGGCACGUAAGGGCAAACCCAGCCAGGCGGCAACCCUGCCGGCUAAAACCCAGCAUGACACCCCGACGUCUCUGCAGGAUGGCUUUCUGCACCGCAAGCAUGAGUGGGAGGGCCACAACAAGAAGGCCUCCAACAGGUCCUGGCACAACGUGUACUGUGUGAUCAACCAGCAGGAGAUGGGUUUCUACAAGGACCAGAAGAGCGCCAGUCAGGGCAUCCCCUACCACAGCGAGAUCCCCGUCUGCCUGAAGGAUGCCGUGUGCGACGUAGCUGUGGAGUACAAGAAGAAGAAGCACGUCUUUAAACUCAAGAUCACUGACGGCAACGAGUAUCUGUUCCAAGCCAAAGAUGAAGACGAGAUGAGCUCCUGGAUAUCGACUAUCUCCACCUCCAUUGCGGGCGAGAAGUCAGAGGUCACGCCCAGCAGCCACAGCACGCCUGCCCCCGCGCCCGCCGCUCGCGCUCAGACGCUGCCGGCCUCCGUGGCAACGACGACGACGGCUGCCGAGUCGAGCCCCGGCAAACGAGAGAAAGACAAGGAGAAACGCUUCAGUCUGUUCAGCAAGAAGAAAUAGACGCUCCUCUUUCCCUUUUUCUUUCUGCGGUGCUGUUUGGGGCCACUCCUUAUCAAUCGAUCUUUGGUUUGAUAUUUAAAGAUGUCAAUCAACUGAAUAAUCGAUUUAAAGUCAUAGCAACUGAUCGUAACAACAAAUUAUUAGAAUAAGUGCUCAGAACGUAGAUGCAUUUAUUUAUACCAACAUUCUUUUGUCUUAAAUUAACAGAAAACCUUCAAGGAAAACCGUUUAAUUCAGAGUUUUUAACAUUUAACCGACUUUUCCUUCAGCUUCCUGCAGAAACACAGUUGCUGUGUCAGAUCAAAGCCCAAACAGCUCACUCCAUCGUUUUCUCAUUCCUUCCUUCCUUCCCUCCUUCCUUCUUUCCUUUCAUCCUUUCAUCCUUCCUUCCCUCCCUCCUCUCAAAGCGUGACUCCAGCAUGCAAGCUCCGAGCCAAAACUCUCCACUCUGUGCCUAGCAACCGUCCGGUCGGCUCAGAGCUUUGAAUCAGCUACAACACCGGAGACCUCGGUUCUGUUUCUGUAAGAUACGGAGCGGAUUGUAACGCAACGCUUCAGGCAGCUGCAGUCGAACAAAACGAAACCCAAGUUUGAUGCUGAACAACAUCAAGUAGAGGAGUUCCCAGAUAAACCCAUGUGUUAGUCUUUGGUUAUUUUAUGGCUCUUGUCUUGGUUUUUGUUGAAUUCUGCCUUUUUUGUGGGUCGUGUUUACAUUUCCCACUGGUCAUGGUUGUUUUUUAUGUUAUAGGUAGUUCCUGUUUGGGUCCAUCCUCUGUUUUUUUUGUUUUGUUUUUUCCCCUCGAGGCCUUGUCUUUGCGAGAUGAUGUGUAUUCCUCUGUCGUGGGAAAACUUUACCACAGCGGGGUAAUCCUCUGAAUUUACACCCGAAACCUGCAGAAAUCCUUCGAAUUCAAACAAAGUGAGACAUUUUGUGCACUGAAUAAUUCUGCUUUUCUCUUGGUAUACUUUGUGCGACAAACGACAAGAAAAAAAACACACAAAAAAACUGCGAAAAGCAAACAAUCAUUGUUGUUCUGCUCAGCUCUGUGUAAUCCCUGGAGCAGCACAGAGGAAACAGAAAAAGGAAGCUAUUGCUGUUAUUUGGAGCGUUACCCUGCCGUGCUUUGAACUGUAUGUAUAACUUGUGUAUAACAAACUGUUAAAAUAAACCUGUGUUCAAGAUCCUCAGUUAUUGCUACUAAUAAUAAGCUUCAACGAGUUAAACUUUCUGUGAAAACACAGCGUGUCAGAAUGAAGGAGCAUUAACAGCUUUAGGAAUGUUUAAUAAAUUUUCCACCAAUCAG